AUGCUGCCCCUUGGCAUCUGCCUCGAAGGAAAUCACAAAUCUUACGCACCCGGCGACGUCAUCAGCGGAUAUGUGUAUCGGAAGAUCCACAUCGUCAGUCCCAACGCAAGCCUGCGUCUUGCGUUACACUGGAGGUCAAAGUCGAAAAUCACCACAGGCGGAAAGGCCCAAUGCGUCUACCGCGGGCGCUUCGCCUUCUUAGAAGAUACACAUUUACUGUAUGAGGGGCCGUUGCACGUCGAAGCAGGCACUCCCGGCCUCAAGUGGCCGUUUGCCAUCGCCAUCCCUCUCACAGGAAAUCGCAGAAACAUGCGCGUGGCUUCCCCUGAUGAGAGCUAUCUUCCCCUUGCCGCUGGAAACGAGCCAAACCCGCCGUUGUCGUUGCCGCCCUCAUUCUCCGCCACGGUUCUCCUCGGGCUGGAAACGCCCAUUUCCAUCCCUUGCGUGACUGAACGAUGCCCUGUCAACGUCGGCGAGCUGAUGAACCAGAGGCUCAGAUCUAGCGGCCACAUCCGUCAGAAAAUCACCAUGGGUGGGAUGCACAUAUACCCCAGCUCCACGACGUAUAACAUCAAACACACUCACGUCUUGAGCUGGUCUUUCGCGCUUUCCCUUGCGGACGAGAGCAUUGAAGUGUCGGGGGAUAAUGUAGUGACCAUAUUGGCGCCCAUUGACGAUCGGGAAUCUGACAACGUCUCGCCCAGCAACGGGUACCAAAACGGGCAGACGGGUCCGACUGGGUUCGGUAAGAGGUCUGAAUCCUGGAUGCAUCCACCUCCGGCAGAGGACGCACCCUCAUCGUUCGCUGAAGUUCAAGGCCGGAAAGCCGCGGCUGGUUAA